AUGGGAAAUAUUAUAAUCUACUCAAAAACCAAGUCCCGUGGUAUUGCCAAUACCACUACAUCAGAAGGGAAACUCAUUCCUUAUCAAAUUGGAAAUGGGAAGUAUAUGAAAACGGGACUUGCUCGAAAUCCGAAAGGAUACAUGGUCAUUAAGGCAUUCCAAGUGCCCUCGGAUGUAAAAACCCUCCGCCAGCACGAAAAAUAUAUGGAUUAUGUGAAUUCGAAGUUAAAUCCGAUCGAACAACCAAAUCUGGCUCCUUUCACUCGCUUUUUCUUUGAUGAAAAGACCCAGACUGAAUAUCUUGUUCGACCCUACUUUCAUAGCUGCCUAGACGCUCGCCUCAAUUCUCGCCCGUUCCCUAGUGAUAUUGAAAAGCGCUGGAUCGUGUACCAGGGUCUUCAAGCAUUGCAGCAGCUGCACAGCCAGAACCUGUCUCACGGUGACAUUAAGCCCGAAAACUUCGUCGUGACCUCUACGGGCUGGGUGUAUUUAACAUAUCCUCAUAUUUUUGUUGGCUGCCUCUCUCUCGAGGACAACAUCUACACCUAUUUCUCCUACUUCUUCACCUCGCAAAAGCGCCACGCCUGCUAUUUGGCCCCCGAGCGAAUCGUCCAGUAUCCCAUGUCGCUUCUCUUCAUUUCUGUCAUGCCUAGCGGCGAGAUCACCAACGCGAAUCCUCCCUGCUACACCGACGGAACGCUGCCUCCUGACCAGCCCUGCGAUAUCCACUGGAGCUCGGAUAUCUUCUCGAUGGGCUGCGUCAUCGCGGAGAUCUUCACCCACGGCCAAGAACUCUUCGAUCUCAGCUCCUUGCUGCGAUAUCGAUCCGAAGACGUGGAUCUCAGCCCGAUUCUGAACCGAAUCUCGGACGAGAAAAUCCGAGAGCUCGUGGAGGCGAUGAUCAACAAGAACGACAAGGAGCGAAGCUCCGCCGAGCAAUAUCUGAAUCGCUUCACGAACGACGACAGCGUAUUCCCGAUGAUUUUCCGCACCAUGGUCUAUCCGUUGUUCCGCGAAUCCAUGCGUGCCGUGAACUGCGGAAGCGACGCUCGCAUCGCUUUGACGCCCACGCCGAUGGGAGAUCAUGUGCUGGAAGUGGAGGAGGAGGUCGACGAGCGCGUUCCCGCGCUGCCGUUCGGCAAGGAGAGCAUUCUGCUGGUGUUGCCGCUGGUGACAGCGUCGCUGCGCAGCGUGAAAUACGCGGUGAGCAAGAUCUACGCCAUGCGAUUCCUGACCGAUCUGAGCCGUUAUCUGGACGACGAAGUCGUGCUGCAUCGCAUUCUCCCUCACCUCGUGAAUGUGCUCAUGGAGGCGUGCAGACCCGUUUCGCCCACGUCGGAAUAUGCUUCGGCGAUUCGAUGCAUCACCAGCGUGCUGAACUGCAUCCACACGCUUCCUCGCUCCGAUUUCAACCUCGUUUCCACGUACAUUCUCCCCGCCAUUUCCGCCGCCCAAGAAAAAGACGACUAUCAAGUGAAGCUGACGGUGGCGGAGUGUCUGUCGGACAUCGCUCUGUCAGGCCGCCGAUUGCUGAACGUGGAGCAGAAGGAGAAGAUCUACGAAGCCCAGACGCAGAGCCAGGAAGCCGACAAGACGAAGAUCAGCGUGGCCAGUUCCUACAGCGAGGACAUCGAGCAGCUGCGCGAUAGCGUGCGAAUGUGUCUGCUGCGCGCGCUGAGCGACUCCGACGAGGAGUCUCCCGCGGUAAGCGUCCAGAACGCCGGUUGA